AUGCCAAUUAAUUCUUGCAAUGUUAAUGUACCAGAAACCGAGUUUCCUUUCAGGGAUUUCCGUCCAAGUUCCCUAGAAAAGGGCCAAGAAUCCUGUCGUCUGAGGGCCUAUGCGGCCUAUGCCUGGGGCGGCCCUUUAUUGAUAGCAGGUUGUGCAGCCCUGUUAGACAAUGUUCCUGAUUCUUCAUCAGGAUCUGGUGGCCCAUCAGUUCUUAGGCCCAAAUUUGGAGAGGAGAGGUGCUGGUUUUCUGGUGAUUUGGAAAUCUUGACAUACUUCUACGGACCAAUUGGAUUGCUCCUUUUCGUCAACUUAUUGCUGUUUACAUCAACAGCAAGACAACUCACCUGCGGUCUUUGGAAACGAGAAGAAGUCAAAUCUACCACAGAAAGGGCUGCUCUUGGAAGGGUUUGUAUGAAACUGGUGGUCGUCAUGGGUGUGACGUGGAUUGCAGAUGUCAUAUCUUGGGGCGUUGGAGGGCCACAUUAUAUCUGGUACGCUACUGAUCUUAUCAACGCCUUGCAGGGGGUCCUGAUCUUCAUUGUUGUCGGUUGUCAACCACAGGUUUGGGCAGCCCUAAAAAGGCUUUACGCAGACCACUGUUGCCACAGGACAACGAGCAAUCCGAAUGCCCCACAACAUUCUUCGAGUUCUGUUGGAGGCCUACCAUCGAUUGGAGACUCUGUCACACACAAUACCACAGCUAAUGUUACCACGAAUAAAAUACCAAUGGAGACUGUUUGUUAAAACAUAAGAAUAAUCAUGGUAAACGAUGGAUGAUGGUACAGUUUCUAUGAUACCAUUGUUUUCGAGGUGCAAGUCAGGAAUCGAUGGAUUUCUGGUAAAGUUGUAGAUGGAAGUACUGAUGAGUAUGUAUAGAAGGAUUAUAUUAAUUUGUUUAAGGUUGAAAUGGAAAUUGUUGCUUAAGAGCAACUGUUUGGAUAUGGGUAAUAGUCAUAUUUUUAGUAAAAUAUUGAUGCAAACGGCCUGAAUUCUUGGCUAUGAUAAAAUGAGGCAAAACCGAUGGCAAAUUUGUAAUCAGCUCGUCGAGACCUUUCAUUUGAUAUGUCACAUGCAAAAAGUUGUUCGAGAUUUGCCUUUAGGCAAGUUGCCAAUUUCUUACUCGAUAUUAAAAACUAACCAGCACAGCUAUUUUCUUAUAUGAUGAAAUUGUGAAAAAAUAGAUGCCAUAUUCGUAAUCAGCUCGUCGAGCCCUUUCAUUUGAUAUGUCACAUGCAAAAAGUUGUUCGAGAUUUGCCUAUAGGCAAGUUGCCAAUUGGUAACUCAAUAUAAACUCAACCUAUUAGCACACGAAUUUUCUUAUUUGAUAAAAUAAGGAAAAACCGAUAUCAUAUUCGUAAUCAGCUCAUCGAGACGUUUCAUUUGAUAUGUCACAUGCAAAAAGUUGUUCGAGAUUUGCCUUUAGGCAAUUUGCCAAUUUUUCACUCCAUCAAAAACCAGCCAGCAUAACAAUUUCUUUAUAUGGCAAAUCAUCGAAAAACCGAUGUCAUAUUCGUUAUCAGCUCAUCGAGCCCUUUUCAUUGAUAUGUCACAUGCAAAAAGUUGUUCCAGAUUUGCCUUUAGGCAAGUUGCCAAUUUUUCACUCAAAAUAAACAACCAGCCAGCAUAGCAUUUUCUUUAUAUGACAAAAUAAGGGAAAACCGA